UACAGGGUACAUUGGUAGCUGGGAUUUGUUAGUUAACUUUAUGCUACUUACUUUGAUCUUUAACAUGUUAUACAGUUAUGCAUCAUCUGUACACACAGACGCUAAAAAACUGUGAGACGUAAAUUGGUCGGGAAGAUACGAAUAUUGGAAUAUUUAUUUCUGCAGAUUUUUCUCUAUCGCCUUUUAUCAAUAGUAACCCGUUUAGUUCCGUGUAAUUGAUCCAUUUUAUCAACAUGGCGAACACAACCGAUUGUAACUUGGAUGUUUUCGCCGAAGAAUUCCCUGACGAUGUGGAUGUUAGUGAGCUUUGUGAUUGCGGACGUCACAAACGCAUGAGCCGACCGAAAUAUGUGCGAAACAAAGAAGAGUUCCCAGAAACCGACUACAUGUCAACGUUCAAAGCUGUCCAGUAUCCACGACCAAGGUCAUCAAAACGCCCCCCACCGUCACCACGGGAUCCUAACCCCAAACCCAUGGUUUUCGAGACCAACCAGAGAGAUGAAUUUAAAACGUAUCAAAAUUAUGAGCGAACGAAACCAAUAAUAAGGGAAGAUCAUUAUGAGCCACCCACAGUGCCAAUAGAAGGAAAAACUUCUUACCAGAAAGAAUUCACAGCCAAGGAACUCUGCCCAGAGAUUCAGAGAGUGUCGCCCCGACAAGGCAGACUGAAAGUGUCCUCGGCCAAAUUCCACGGAGUCACAACGACACAGGAACACUAUAAGCAAUGGGUGCCACAGCCCAGUAUGACUUUUGGGGAAUUACCAAGUUUUACAGGUUCUGUGCUGUUCCCACAGAAAGAAGCCCUGCCCCAGAGCGUGAUGCGGGCCUCCUACCCAGGGGUUUACCAGAAACCCGAGCCGCCCUUCAAGGGACGAGAUCCUAGUCUCAAGUUAGAAGGCGAUAUGAGUUUUUUCCUUCUUCUUCCCCAUAAUGACACAUUCCAAGAUGUUCUCGUAGGAGACCCUCCGUGUGUUCCCUUUCUGUCCAAAAUGGUCCCGGACAUCCCACUUCUCCAAAACCGUGGCAAUUUUGACUUUGCCGGGUGGACACAGACGAAUUUCGACACGGAACAGAGGGCUACGUUCAAAGGUCACGACGUUGUGAUAUACCCAGCACCAACGUCUUGUAAACAGGCAGAUGACUAUAAGCCGCCUGACGCCAAGUUCGCAAGUGAGACGUCACAAAUGCGAGACUUUAAGCCAAUAGAACUAUCGGAUGCGACGCAGACUAGAGCCAUUAUCCCGCCCACGCACAUGCAUAUGUCGGACGUCAAGUUCGAGAGCAAAACAUCCAACAACGAAUUUUUCCAGAACUGGGGAACAAAACCUCGAGUCCGAUAUGGCGAUUUCCACGACAACAGGCCCUACGUGCCACCACAGUCGAAAUUUGAGGGUGCUAGUGUCACCCAGUCAACGUUCACGACUAAAAAGGCGGAACCUACGAAAAGCUACAAACCCGAACAGAAAGCAGCUUCGGCAGAGGGCAGAAUGGAUUACGGGACUUCGUACAGCGACACCUACACGAAGAAGGAGAUACGCAUGUGCAGGGCUCAGAUGUAUCUAAUGCAACAGGAACUGAAGAGGAGAAGGAAAGCCAAUCAGAACCCAGAGAUGUCCAAUUCUUUGGUGUUUGCUAAAUAAAUUAUCUAAUUCGUCACCAUACAAAGACUAUGAUUGGUGGGUUUUAUCGACAACAUUCAGCCGAAUCCUUGUUCGGGCAUUUUCGGAUGGAUUCGUAAAGUUCGCGCCGAUAUUUUGGUGCGGAUUUAUAUUUCCUUUUUUUUUUUUUUCUUUCUUUCUUUUUCCUCUUUUUUUUUUUUUUUAACAAUUGUAAUAAUUUAUGAAGGGACGGAAAGCGAAACUUUAAAGAGAGUUCGCAACCAUGUUAUCAUGCAUCUAACCACUACCCACUUUGACCGUUUUGUAGAAUUUACAACUUGAUUAAAAUCAGGCCUCUUGUUUAUGAAAAGUCUAAGACACCAGCUUUUAAUAAGAUCUCACCAGUAAUACGUGUAAACAGUGUACUGUACAGUAGCGGAUCCAGGGUGUGUGUGUGUGUCCAAGGUGUCCGCCCCCCCCCCCCCCCCCGUUUUUUGAAAACCGAUCACAACCUUUAAGGGGAAACGUGAUUAUAUUAACUGUUCUAAAUAAUACAAAUAUUCCAGAGACUUUAGCUUUCAAUAAUUUGGACACCCCCACCCGCCCCUUUCAGAAAUCCUGUAUCCGCGCCUGCUGUACGGUAUAUAGUUAAAAUCUCGUGACUUUACUCAAAUCUGGAGUCUGGAUUAUCAAAGUUUUAUACGCCGCAGCCAGAAAUUUCUGGUUGUUAUAUAUAAUAUAUAUAAUAUUUUAUUUGACCAGCAAAAAUGCCGCUGUUAUAAACCCUCGGAGUAACUGUUUAUGAGGAAAGAUCAAAUAAUAGCAAGCACGGGACGAUGUCUUUGAUACGAAUUUGUAAAUCGAUUCACUGCAACAUCAAGAUGAUUUAUAAUAGGGCCACAACGAAGGACUGAAAUUGUGAAGUUUUCUUAUUAAAUGUUAUUUAUUAUUUUUAAUAAUAUAGAAAAAUUGUGAUAAUAUAUUCCCAAAGCACAGUAUUCGUAUUUCAAUGUAUGUUGUAUACAGAGCC